AUGUGGGUUCAUUGGUCUGGCUUCCACAAGGACUAUUACUGUACCGAGGACCGAUCGUCGCCAAACAAAAACCACUGUCUCCCUCCCGCCUCCUACCCCCACAAAGAUCCCUUCUACGGAUUCGACCUCUUCGUCGCCAAUAUUCUCGCGGCGCGAGAAGAUACAUUCAUCGAGACGAGCCAGAAACGUUUUCAAACACUCGGUGCACACACUUCUUCCUUUGUAUUUCUCGGCACGAACGCCAUCAGUACCAUUGAUGCGGAAAAUAUUAAAACGGUAUUGGCUACCGGAUUUAAAGAUUUCGAGUUACCAUUGCGGAGGAAAACUGCUAUGAUGCCGAUCUUUGGAAAGGGGAUUUUCGCCUUGGAUGGAACGGAAUGGGAACACUCUCGCGCGAUGCUGCGGCCGAAUUUUGUGAGGAGUCAGGUUGCUGAUUUGGAUAUUUUCGAGAGACAUAUUCAGAAAUUGAUCAAGAGGAUCCCGGAGAAUGGCAACACGGUGGAUUUGUCAAAAUUGUUUUUUAUGCUGACGAUUGAUUCGGCUACGGAAUUCCUUUUCGGUGAAAGUACAGAGACCUUGGAUGAAACAAAGGUCGAUUCACCUGGGCAUAGAUACUCGGAAGCUUAUGAUUAUCUUGCCGAACAAACCGGCAAACAAGUUCGUCUGGGUAAACUAGCCACUCUCUUCCCCAACAAAAGAUACCAAGAUUCUAUAAAAUAUGUCCACUCCUACGUCCGCACUUACGUAGACAAAGCCCUCGCUCUUCAGAUCUCUGCCCCUUCUCAAAAAUCCGAAUCCACAGAUCAAGAACGCUACAUCUUUCUUGAGCAACUCGCCAAAUCCGGCUACAGUGCCUCCAAGAUUCAAGCAGAGUUACUCAACAUUCUACUCGCCGGACGUGAUACUACUGCAAGUUUACUUACCCUUCUCUUCAUGAUACUUUCACGUGAACAGAAAGUCCUUGAGAAAUUAAGAAAAGAGAUUAUGGGUCUAGAAGGGAGAGCUCCAACUUUUGAGGAGAUUAAGGAUAUGAAGUAUCUGAAAUGGUGUAUUAAUGAGACAAUGCGACUCUACCCCAUCGUCCCAACUUCAAGUCGUGUCGCAAUACGAGACACGGUACUUCCUCGAGGUGGCGGACCUGAUGAAACAUCUCCAGUCAUGGUUAAGAAGGGGACUUUGGUACAAUACAGUUCCUACGGAUUGCAUCGAAGAAAGGAUAUCUACGGUGAAGAUGCCGACCAGUUCCGACCUGAGAGGUGGGAGAAAUUGAGGGCGGGUAUCUGGGAAUAUAUCGCGUUUAGUGGAGGACCACGUAUCUGUAUUGGACAGCAAUUUGCACUGACGGAAGCAUCAUAUACCACGAUCCGUCUUUUGCAAACCUUCUCGAGAAUGGAAGCGAGAGACCAAAAACCCUUCACGGAAUGGUUGACACUGACUUUGUCGAAUAAGUGGGGAUGUCAAGUUGGUUUAUUUAAAUAGGUUGGGCAGAGAGAGAGAGAGAGAGAGAGAGAGAGAGAGAAAUUCAAACAGUUGG